AUGCAAAGUCCCCUCCUCUUGCUGCUCCUCUCCCCCAUAGCAGGGUGUGUAUUGUGUUCCAGUUUGCGGAACCGUCCCAGCAGCGGGCGCCCAGCAGACUAUUUCUUUCCUGACACUCUUGUGGUUGAUACAACGCUGCCCACGUUUUUGACGGCAACAUGUAACUCGCCACGGCCGGGAUGGGCAGCGUUCGAGGCCCUCAUGAAACGGGCGACCAUGCUGAAAGCGAGAAGUCGCAGAGAAGUGCGAUGCCGGGCGGUUGUCCGUUCACUUUGCCGGAAGCCACGUGGACGUGCCAGAAGCUGCACUGAAGAACCCUAA